UCGCGCAAUGUCCAUCGCGAGUGACAGUUCACAAAUAUACAUCCUCGCCAUUAACAUAUAAGAGAAUCCCAUCCUGUACGACAACAACAGCGGAUACAGCUAGCUAGGCCUAGCAGCAGUCUCGAGUUAUACAUAAUCGGUGUUGAUUUCCUAUAUUAACAAAUUAGCCUUUAGCUCUUCGCACUCGGUUAUGUCUACGGUGACGACGUUCGGUAGUCUUAGCUGCAGCCAACAACAACGUAAAUCGUCAUCGUCGUCGCAUCGUCGUCGUCCUCGCGGGGCCUCAACCGUCGAUCGUUGAGCGUGUUUUUUCCCGGGCUUAGAGGAGCCGCAGCCAUCUAGGCGAGCGCGAAGAAAGUGUCGCCGCGACCAACGACGAGUGAAACGGCCCCCGGCCAGCAGCAGCUGUCGUCAACAUGCCGGAGGACAUGUUGAGCGGCGACAUAUGCCGAGUGUGUCGGUCCGAGGGCGCCGCGGACCGACCGCUCUUCCAUCCCUGCAUAUGCACGGGCAGCAUCAAGUGGAUCCAUCAGGACUGCCUCAUGCAGUGGAUGCGCUACUCGCGCAAGGAGUACUGCGAGCUGUGCGGCCAUCGGUUCUCGUUUACGCCGAUCUACAGUCCGGACAUGCCGAGGAGGCUGCCUCUCAGGGACGUCGUGGGCGGAUUGUGCGCAAGCGUCGUCACGGCCAUGAAGUACUGGAUGCACUACACGCUGGUGGCCGUCGCCUGGCUGGGCAUCGUGCCUCUCACGGCUUGUCGCACCUACAGAGCCGUGUUCAGCGGCUCGUUGGAUCUCGUCAAGCUCAUGUCUUUGCCAAUGGAUAUGUUGUCGACCGAGAACAUAUCGUCCGAUAUCUUUCACGGUUGCUUUGUGAUAUCUUGUACUCUGUUCACGUUCCUGGGAUUGGUCUGGCUGCGAGAGCAGAUCCUGCACGCCGGCGGACCCGACUGGCUGGAGCGGGAAAAUCCGCCGCUGCCACCCGUGGACAAUCCCGCACCGGCCGCGGUCGAGCAGCCUAACAAUCAGGGAGCCGCGAGGGGAGCGCAAGACAACAACAAUGUACCGCCGUUCGCCGAAGAACCGAGAGACGACGCUGAAAUCGAGCCGCUGAGAAUAUUUCGCAACGUGCGUCAGGUCCGAUGGAACAAUCGGCCGCGCAUCGAGCACGAUCCAGCCGAGGACGCCGGCGACGAGGGCGAGUCCGACGAGGAGGAAAACAAUCAGGCCGUCGGCGGAGGUGGGCCAGCAGUAGCGGCGGCGGCCGCGGUUGCCGAUGCAGCUGCCGAUCAACAGCAGGCACAGCAGCCGCUGCAGCAGCAGCAGCAGGCCAACGAGUGGCGCGACCCACCUCAAGGCGAGGCCGAGGAGGCCAACUGGAAUCCCAUGGAGUGGGAUCGCCCGGCCGAAGAGCUCACUUGGGAGCGUUUGUUGGGUCUGGAUGGGUCCUUGCUGUUUCUGGAGCAUGUAUUUUGGGUGAUGUCGCUCAAUACUCUAUUCAUACUGUUCUUCGCUUUUCUACCUUAUCGAGUCGGUUAUUCAACGAUCUCGUUGCUCGGUGGCGAAGAAUUAGUCGUUGCCUCCCACUUUGAAGGACCAGUCACGACUCUGGUUGGUUAUUGCGUGGUUGGUAUGUGCCUCAUAGUAUUGCACGCCAUCGCUGCAGUGCUAGGUUUCCAACGGUCUCAAAGAAUUCUUGGACUUGGCUAUGUCAUAGUAAAGGUUUCCUUACUAAGCGUUGUGGAGAUUGGUGUCCUGCCUCUCGUUUGCGGAUGGUGGUUGGACAUCUGCUCUCUUGCCAUGUUCGACGCCACUCUUCGAGAUCGCGAAACUUCGUUCCGUAUGGCUCCCGGCACUUCCAUGUUCAUACAUUGGCUCAUCGGGAUGAUUUACGUGUACUACUUCGCGUCAUUCAUAUUGCUUCUGCGGGAAAUACUUCGACCCGGUGUACUUUGGUUCUUGCGCAACUUGAACGAUCCCGAUUUUUCUCCGCUGCAAGAGAUGAUUCAUUUGCCGAUACUCAGACAUGCUCGUCGAUUGGUUGCAUCGGCGAUCAUAUUUGGUUCAGCAAUUUUGUUGAUACUUUGGUUACCAAUUAAGAUACUUAGGUCGCUAUUACCAGGCUUUUUGCCUUACACCGUCACAGUUCAGGCAGAAACUCAAAUAAACGAACUUUCUCUAGAAUUACUAUUGCUCCAAGUUGUUUUGCCAGCGCUUCUAGAACAGUCUCACACCCGUACCUGGCUAAAAUCUUUGGUACGCGGAUGGUGUCGCUCCAUAGCUUGGUUACUCAAUCUGCAAUCGUAUCUUCUUCCGCAACCAAGAAACGACGAGGCUCCCGCGGCUGACGAACCCGCCGAGCCAAUAAACAAUCACAAUAACGACCUUGGAGCCGCUCAUCAGGCUCUGCUCAAUCGCGAGGGACCGAUGGGAUAUCAGCCCUACGUCAGACCCAAAUGGUUCGGGGCACGAUUAGUUGGUUUGAUGGUAUGCGUGUGCGUUUCUUUGGUUUUGGCUAGUUUGAUUGCUAUGACCCUGCCCGUAUGGAUCGGCAGACGAGUCAUGGCAGUUUGGGUAGUCGGAGCUCCGGCGCCGUCGCCACCUAUUUUACCGCCAGCUUAUAUACCCGCUGCAAGCAAAGACGACACGAACCCAGUGGUUUCAGUGCUCUCGGAAACUCGAGUUCACGAAGUUUAUACGAUUGCGUGUGGAACUUAUUUGUGUUGGGCAGCAGCGCGUACCUUAGCUUUAGCCAUGUCGUGGUUGCCACGAGGACGAAGGGCUAUUUUGGAACGUAUAAAACAUUGGGUUUACAUUGGCUGCAAAGCUUACGUAUCUUUUGUCCUACUCUUCGGUAUUAUACCGUUGCUAUUUGGAUUACUACUGGAAUUGGUCGUCGUUGUACCCUUACGAGUACCGCUCGAGCAAAGUCCAAUACUAUUCGUCUGGCAAGAUUGGGCCCUUGGAGUUCUUUACACGAAAAUUGCUACAGCUGUUACCAUGAUGGGACCUGACUGGCAUUUGAAGUUCACUAUUGAGCGAGCAUACAACGACGGCAUUAGAGAUAUGGAUCUGCGAUUCAUCAUACAAAAUCUCGCAGCUCCGGUGAUCUGUGUCUUCGGACUUGCUUUAGCGAUACCAUAUGUGAUAGCCAACGGCUUAGUACCUUUGUUCAUAACUAACGCACCAAUGCAGAUAGUGAUUGCACGGCGAAUCUAUCCAUUUGUAUUGGUGAUGGGUAUUUUCAUAGCGGUGAUUAGUGUUCAGAUCACGUCAUUCAAAAAGUUGUAUGAACACAUUAAGAACGAUAAGUAUCUUGUCGGACAGAGACUCGUAAAUUACGAGCACAGAAACAGACAGCAGCAAGCGCAAGAACAACAAGAGCAAGCAGUUGACAGUUAACUGACUUAGUUAAUGCUUCGGAAUUACAAUAAUUUGAAAGAACUCAAAUUGUUCGGUGUGAUGUUUGUUAUAUCAAAAUAUGUAAAUUUUUUAAAUAUUAUAAUUCAUUAUAGAAUUAAUUUCUUUUCUAAUAAAUUGUGUGGGAUGGCUACUUCAAAAAAGUGUAGAUAGUGUGAUUUAGAAACAAUUCAAGAGACAAGAUUCACUGAUCAUGAGUCGAUUAUUAAAAGCUUUAUUGUUUAAUAUUUUAUAGAAUUAGCAUAGUUACAGAUGUAAACCGAGGUUUUUUUUAAUAUGAUUUUAUAAAACAUUGAAAUCAUUAACUAUUAAGACUCCGACUGUUGUAUUACGAUCAGUGUUGACAGUAAAAGUGAAAAAUUAUCAACUCCUCCCGAACAUUAUUAACAGAUGAUGCACACUAUGACUGCCCUACUUUUGGAUUUUUCAGAUCGAAAACUUUUGAAACAUCAACUGUAACCUUUGUAAAAAUUAAAGAUAACACGCGCAGUUACUUUUGUAUAUUAUCUUUAUACAAUCUAUCUCAAUUUUGCACAACUGAA